AUGGAGUCAUCUUUUCCAUUUGGAGUGACUCUUGCUGUCCUGGCCUCCCUCAUUAUUGCUGCCAAUGCACUAGUGGCUGUGGCUGUGCUGUUGCUGAUCCACAAGAAUGAUGGUGUUGGUCUCUGCUUCACCUUGAAUCUGGCUGUAGCCGACACCUUGCUUGGUGUGGCCAUCUCUGGCCUAGUCACAGACCAGCUCUCCAGCCCACCUCGGCCCACACAGAAGACCCUAUGCAGCCUUCGGAUGGCAUUUGUUACUUCUUCCGCAGCUGCCUCUGUCCUCACAGUCAUGCUGAUUGCCUUUGACAGGUACCUUGCCAUCAAGCAGCCCCUCCGCUACUUCCAGAUAAUGAACGGGCUCAUGGCUGGGUCCUGCAUUGCCGGGCUGUGGUUGGUGUCUUACCUUAUUGGCUUCCUCCCACUUGGAGUCCCCAUAUUCCAGCAGACUACCUACCAGGGUCCCUGCAGCUUCUUCGCUGUGUUUCACCCACGCUUUGUGCUGACCCUCUCCUGCGUUGGCUUCUUCCCAGCCCUGCUCCUCUUUGUCUUCUUCUACUGUGAUAUGCUCAAGAUUGCCUCCAUGCACAGCCAGCAGAUCCGAAAGGUGGAACAAGCAGGAGCCAUGGCCGGAGCAUACCGGCCUCCUCGGACUCCCAGCGACUUCAAGGCUGUCCGCACUGUGGCUGUUCUCAUUGGGAGCUUCACUCUGUCCUGGACCCCAUUCCUUAUCACUGGCAUUGUGCAGGUGGCCUGCCAGAAGUGCUACCUCUACCUGGUGCUGGAACGGUACCUGUGGCUGCUCGGUGUGGGCAACUCCCUGCUCAACCCACUCAUCUAUGCCUACUGGCAGAAGGAGGUGCGGCAGCAGCUCUACCAGAUGGCCCUGGGAGUGAAGAAAGGGCUCACCUCAUUCCUUCUUCUUCUCUCAGCCAGGGAUGGUGGCCCAGAGGGGCCCAGGGAAAGUUCCUGUCCUAUCACCACUAUCUCCCACUCACAGCUUCAUGGCGAAGAUGGUGAGGGCAGAGAAGUUUCAAAGUGACUUCUCCCUCUCCUCUCUGGGCCCCAACUAGGAAAUCAAAGCUAGGGGAAUGAAAGUGCUUGCUUCAGACAGUUGACUGCCCCCACCCCAGACUGAGAGGAACUGAGGUAGGGUGCUGACUUUCUUCUGUAACCAAUUUCUCAUUUGCAAAUCUCCAUUCCUCCCUAUGCUUCUUUUGCAAUUAAUCUGUCUCUCCUAUACAGGUAGGUAGAAAGAAAUGUACUACUGAAAUAAUGCUAAAAAAUCAAAUCCUAUUCUUGAAUACACUACAGCAGCAGUAUCCAACAUAAGUAUAAUGCAGGUCACAUAUAAUUUUAAAUGUUCUAGUAACCGUAUUUAAAAGGUUUA